AUGGGUAAUUGCAAAGCAAUGGCUACUCCAAUGGGAUCCAAAACUUAUGUUGAUCAAGAUGAAUUCGGUGUUUCAAUUGAUAUCACAAAGUAUCGAGGUAUGAUUGGUUCACUACUAUAUUUCACGGCAAGUCGUUCUGACAUAAUGUUUAGUGUUUGUCUUUGUGCGCGGUUUCAAGCUAAUCCAAAGGAAUCACAUCUUGUCUCUAUAAAGAGAAUCAUGAAGUAUCUCAAAGGAACAACAAAUGUCAGCUUAUGGUAUCCCAAAGGUAGUGUAUGUGACUUUCUUGGUUAUUCGGACUCAGACUAUAUAAGUUGUAAAACUGAUCGAAAAAGCACUAGUGGGACAUGUCAUAUCAUAAGAAAUGCCCUUGUAUCAUGGUCCUGCAAGAAGCAAGAAUGUGUGGCUCUUAGUACGGCUGAAGAAGAAUACAUUAUUGCGGGAAGUUGUUGUGCUCAAAUACUUUGGCUAAAACAACAACUUAGCGACUACGGCUUGAACCUUGGAUGCAUUCCGCUAAGGUGUGAUAAUACAAGUGCCAUAAAUAUAACUAAAAAACUAGUCAUGCACUCAAGAACAAAGCAUAUCGAUAUUCGCCAUCAUUUUCUCCGUGAUCAUGUGUUUAAAGAAGAUGUUGAAGUUACAUUUGUGGAUACUCAUAAUCAACCCGCGAAUAUAUUCACAAAGCCGCUAGAAAAAGAACCAUUUUACAAAAUUCAAAGGGAACUUGGCAUAUUAAAUGAGGUAGAUGUAUGA